CUCGUCGAGAAGAAGACGUGUUCACAUUGUAUGUAUCUUUAUAUCUAUAUAUGUAUCUAUCUAUAUAUAUCGGCAGAAUGGCCACUCUGAGACUAGCAUCUGCCGCUUCCUUCACUCUUCUCUCUACUGCCGCUCCUCCUUCUUCCUUCCCCGCCCUUUUCGUCAAAUUCACCUUCACACCCAUCUCCGCAAAGCGCAUGGCUCACUCAAUUGCUCGCGCCACUCUCGGCCUCACCCAGCCCAGCAAGAUCGACCCACCUAAGAUCUCAUUUGCUGCAAAAGAUGUUGAUUUGGUGGAGUGGAAGGGAGAUAUAGUAGCUGUAGGUGUCACAGAAAAGGACUUGGUUCGAGACGACAACUCCAAGUUCAAGAACUCACUUCUUCAAAAGCUAGAUUCCAAAUUAGGAGGAUUGUUGUCUGAAGUCUCGGCCGAGGAAGAGUUCACCGGAAAGAUGGGACAGUCAACUGUUGUUCGACUUCCCGGUCUUGGUUCCAAGAGAGUUGGUUUGAUUGGGUUAGGUUCGGGUGCAUCAGCAGCUACAACGUACCGCAGUCUUGGUGAGGCCUUGGCUGCAGCUGCCAAGGCAGCUCACGCGACCAGUGUUGCCGUCACUCUUGCUUCUCCCGAAGGGAUCCCUGCGGAGUUGAAGCUCACUACUGCUUCAGCUAUAGCAUCGGGAGCUGUGUUGGGUACUUUUGAUGAUAUUAGGUUUAAGUCGGAGUCGAAGCAGCCGACUCUCAAGUCAGUGGAUAUCAUCGGUCUUGGUACCGGAUCUGAGAUCGAGAAGAAACUCAAAUAUGCCGGAGAUGUUUGUUCUGGGAUUAUCUUAGGGAGGCAGCUUGUAAAUGCUCCGGCGAAUGUCCUUACUCCAGGAGUACUCGCGGGAGAAGCCGAGAGGAUUGCUUCCGAGUACAGUGAUGUUUUGUCUGCAAAAAUAUUGAAUGUGGAGCAAUGCAUAGAAUUGAAAAUGGGCUCCUACUUAGGUGUGGCCGCGGCAUCGGCUAACCCUCCUCACUUCAUCCAUUUAUGCUACAAGCCACCAAGUGGAGAAGUUAAAACUAGGCUGGCCUUAGUUGGAAAAGGCUUGACUUUUGACAGUGGGGGCUACAAUAUCAAGACGGGACCUGGGUGCUCCAUCGAACUCAUGAAAGUCGACAUGGGAGGUGCAGCAGCAGUAUUGGGUGCAGCAAAAGCACUUGGCCAAAUUAAGCCUGCUGGAGUGGAGGUCCACUUCAUAGUUGCUGCUUGUGAGAAUAUGAUAAGUGGAACAGGUAUGAGACCAGGGGAUAUCAUCACAGCUUCAAAUGGAAAGACAAUUGAGGUAAACAAUACAGAUGCAGAAGGCAGACUUACGCUUGCAGAUGCUUUGGUGUAUGCUUGUAAUCAAGGAGUUGACAAGAUCGUUGAUCUUGCUACACUGACUGGGGCAUGUGUUGUUGCUCUUGGACCCUCUAUUGCCGGCGUUUUUACUCCUAGCGAUGACUUGGCAAAAGAAGUAAUAGGCGCCUCAGAGGCUGGUGGUGAAAAACUUUGGAGAAUGCCCUUGGAAGAAAGUUACUGGGAGUCUAUGAAAUCAGGCGUGGCUGAUAUGGUAAAUACGGGUGGCCGCCAAGGUGGGUCCAUCACUGCAGCUCUCUUCUUGAAGCAGUUUGUGGACGAGAAGGUGCAGUGGAUGCAUAUAGACAUGGCCGGCCCCGUCUACAGCGACAAGAAGAAGGCGGCGACGGGGUUUGGCAUCUCCACGCUGGUCGAGUGGGUGCUCAAGAACUCUUCUCCUAAGUGAGAUGGGAUGAAUAUUGAGACAUUCUUGGCCAUAAACACAUGCCUUAUAACAUGUGUAAUAAAGGGUGGUUUGGUUGUGUGGGGAAAAUAUGGUUGGGUUUGUUUUUUCAUGGAUUUAACAAACUCCUUUUCUUGCCUCAUUCUAUGUAGUUUCUCCCUUCAAUCCAUUUUAUGGUAAGCUAUUUUCUGUGA